UGAACGCACCUCCCUCUUCCUGAGUGGUUUUCCCACUUCUGCUGCAGCACCGAAACGCCUUUUCCAGCUGAGUGGGUUUAAUCAGGCUCAGAUGUGAUCUGGCAGACCAGGGUCAGGACCCCACUGGAGCCAGUCAGCUUUCAAACAGCAGCUUUGCACCAACUCCUGUGAAACUGAUCGGGACCCUUUCCAGCGGAUUUAUCAACAGUUACGGGGGCUGAAUCGAAAACCAACUCAGUCACUUUCACUGGAAAAAGAAGCAACAGGUUGCAGGAGAGAGAAGCUCAUCAUGCCGACCAAGAGCCAGUAUCUGCGCCCCCGGCUCUGCACGCUGCACAAGGGGGACAACGGCUACGGCUUCCACCUCCACGGAGAGAAGGGCAAGACGGGUCAGUUCAUCCGCCUAGUGGAGCCCGACAGCCCGGCAGAGUCCUCGGGGCUCCGAGCCGGAGACAGACUGGUGUUCGUGAACGGCGCUGAGGUGGAGAGCGAGAGCCACCAGCAGGUGGUGUCCCGGAUAAGAGCCACCGUGGGCCCGCUGGAGCUGAUAGUGGUGGACCCGGACACGGAGCAGCUGCUGAAGAAGCACAACCUGAAGUGUCUAAAGGAGUACGUGACCGAGGGGCUCCCCUUACCUUUGGAGGAGGAGGAGGAGGAGGAGGAGGAGGGGGAAGAAGAGGAGAAGGAAACUGAGGAGGUGAAGGUGGUGAAGGAGGACACGGAGGCAGAGGGGACCGAAAACUGGGAUGUGGAGGUGGCAGAGGUGGAGAAUGGAGAGGUGGUGGAGCAGGAGGUAGAGAGGGAGGAGGAGGAGGAGACACCCAGGGAGCUCACCCCGGUCCCGGUGUUACCAGAGAGGAACGGAGAAGUCCAUGAAGAGGUGGAGCAGAAGCUGAUUGUCAGCUCUGAAAAGGAGGUGCACAUCGAGCUGCGACCACGUCUGUGCGUGAUCCAACGAGGGUCCAAUGGAUAUGGCUUCAACCUGCACAGCGAGCGGGCGCGGCCGGGCCAGUACAUCAGAGCGGUGGAUGAAGACUCUCCAGCUGAGAGGGCCGGCCUGCAGCCUAAGGACAGGAUAGUAGAGGUGAAUAGUGUGUCUGUGGAGGGGAAGACGCAUUCAGAGGUUGUCGCCGCCAUUAAAGCGGGAGGAGACGUGACCCGGCUGCUGGUGGUGGACCCAGACACUGACGCCUUCUUCAAAAGAUGCAGGGUGACCCCCACCUCUGCGCACUUAAAUGGUCCUCUUCCAGAGCCUGUUGUUAAUGGGGAAACGGAAGAGAAGGUGAAUGGGAGAGUGAGCAAAGAAACAGAGAGGAACUCAAAGCUCUCAGUAAGUCCUUCGCCGUCCAACGCAUCGUCCAACACCUCCCUCACAACCCCGAGUGCAAACACUCCACCUGAGGGUUUUGUCACAAACGCCAUCCCGGCUCUCAACCUCACCCUGCAGCAGGUCAAAGAGCUCACCCACCAGAAACGCUCCAACAAGAGAGCCCCGCCCAUGGAUUGGACCAAGAAAAACGAGCUCUUCAGCAACCUAUAGGACACCUCAGUUCCCCUGAAACACACAUUUUUAUUUUUGGAAAUCUUUCCAAGAGAUAUCAGAGAAAGGUAUUUUAUUACAAUGAUGAUGAAAGAGAAGUACACCAUAAAGAGUUAAUGCUGUUCUGUAAAAAAUAGUAUUCUUCUAAGUAAUAUUCCUCAUGUUAUUAUAAUCCAUAUAUAAUACUGUUUAUUUUUAUGUUCUUCUAACCAGACAAUAUAUAUAAAGAUAUAUAUAUAUA